AGUCCUUCGCCGGAAAAGGAAUUAUAAAAAAACAAAACAAGCUGAACGUCAAAACAUAAACAGAGCAAACACGCGUCGUCUUUAAUUUGACCGCCUCUUUAUACACACAUUCCUCAUGUCGUGUGUUUUUCCAAGAUUUUCUAUCCAAUAUGCUAUAGCUAGCUAAGUAAUAGCUUGAAGACAAUACAUCUGCACCGAAGAUUAGGACUGAACGACGUACGCCUCGGUGGGCCUACGACUAGAGGCUCUCCUUCUGUCCACAGGAAGAAAGAAACAGGAUGGCAGAGGCAGAUGGUAAAUCCAGUGUGCUUAACGAUGGGUCUGAGGAGCCAGAUCCAGGAGAAGACCAGCGAGGGGAGGGAGAUGCUUCUGCAGCCACAGAGGGCCACUCUGGCUCUCAAGCAGCUCCCAGAGAGGCAGGAGACGAGGCUAAGGACAAGCUAAUGCCAGAUGCUAAGGUUGCAAGGGUGCCUGGAGAGGAGGAGGAGGAGGACACAGAUAGCAUGGACGGCAGUGGCCUCUACUCCCUGACCGAGGAAGGGGAGCGAGAGAGCGAGGGAGGUAGAAGAGAGAGAGUGAAUGAGAGGGAUGCAGGAAAGCGGGCCGCCAGAAAGAGGAACCGCCCAAGUGGUGGCACCACCCACCACUCCUCCAGCUCUGACGAGGAUGACGAUGAUGAGGAAGAGGAGGAAGAUCAAGAGGAGGAAGAGGAUGAGCAGGCCAUGGACGCGUGGUUGGGGGCGGAGCUGCGUGACCUCAGCGGGCCGUCAUGGCGGGCGGUGCCCUCCCUGAAGUCGAGGGAGAUUGGCCGGGGCUCGCACCAGUUUGUGAGGCGUGUGUGUGGUGCACGAGGCUUGGUCCAGAGGCUGGAGCUCCAGGGGCGCCUGGAGAGACACACUGGCUGUGUGAACACCCUGCACUUCAACCCCUCAGGCACACGCCUGGCCUCCGGCAGUGAUGACCUGCGGGUGGUAGUGUGGGACUGGGCACGUCGCCGUGCUGAGCUCGAGUUUGACAGCGGGCAUAAGAGUAACGUCUUUCAGGCAAAGUUCCUGCCACACAGUGGAGACUCCACCCUGGCCAUGUGUGCCCGGGAUGGUCAGAUCAGAGUGGCUGAGCUCUCUGCCACUCAGCGCUGCAAGAACACCAAGAGAGUGGCUCAGCAUAAAGGGGCAGCACACAAGCUGGCCCUGGAGCCAGACUCUCCCUGCUCCUUCCUGUCGGCUGGGGAGGACGCCAUAGUGUUUGCCAUCGACCUGCGCCUCGACCGGCCUGCCAAUAAACUGGUGGUGGUGAAGGAGGGGGAUAAGAAAGUGGGGUUGUACACCAUAUUUGUGAACCCUGUCAACACACACCACUUUGCUGUGGGUGGGAGAGAUCAGUAUGUUAGGAUCUAUGACCAGAGGAAGAUUAAUGAGAAUGAAAAUAAUGGCGUACUGAAGAAGUUCUGUCCAUCUCACCUGGUAUCCAGCGAGUCCAAAACUAACAUUACCUGCUUAGUGUACAGUCAUGAUGGCACAGAGCUCCUCACUAGUUACAACGAUGAGGAUAUCUACUUGUUUGACUCCAGCCACAGUGACGGUGCAGACUACCGCAGGAGAUACAAGGGCCAUCGCAAUAACGCUACAGUGAAAGGGGUGAACUUCUACGGCCCUAGCAGUGAGUUUGUGAUCAGUGGCAGUGACUGUGGACACAUCUACCUGUGGGACAAGGUCUCCGCUCGCAUUGUCCAGUUCAUGGAGGGAGACCGAGGAGGAGUGGUCAACUGCCUGGAGCCCCACCCUCACCUCCCAGGUCUGGCCACCAGUGGUCUGGAUCAUGACGUUAAACUGUGGUCCCCCACUGCCGAGAAUCUCACAGGGCUCAAGGGCCUCAAAGACGUGAUGAGGAAGAACAAGCGUGAGCGUGAUGAGGACAGUGUUCGCCAUGGAGACCAGUACGACACACAGCUCCUGUGGUUCCUCAUGAGGCACAUGAGAAACAGACGGCCCCAGAGGACACGUCGCGAGGGUGCAGAGGGAGACACUGAUGAAUCGUGGAGCUCUCCAGAUUCCUCUGAUGAAGAGGACGGAGGGCCAGACCACGUCCAGUGCAUGUCCUCUUGAGCCAAAGAGACAUGCGAGAGUACACACACACACACUCUUUAUUGUCCUAGAAUUUAUCCACAUAGGCAGGCACUAUCGACACACAUGAACACUGAGAGACCAUAAGUAACAGUAAAGGUAUUCACAUACACACACACACACACACACACACACACACACACAGGCAGGCAGACAUAAGUACAUACACACAGCUGAGGGGUAGGGAGGGUGACUAGUAUAAACCAAGACACAAAAUCGAAUUUCUUAUCCGACAGGGAGUGAAUUAUAGACAGUUUUGUUCAUACAGUCUGCUGAUGCAAAUAGUCUCAACCCUGAUUUUGUUCUGAUCUGUAUUAGAGGUUGGCUGAUGAAUGCUCACAUCCCUAGACAACCACUUGGACUCGUACACCCAUACAUGUGCUCUGCCAAGCCCCUAAGAACAUAACCACUUCAACAACACACACAUUUCACAAUCUGCUAAAUGUCAGAGCACACAUUUACCCCACUCUCCUUAACAACCUCUCUCCCUCAUACUUUUAUGUUGGUGAUGGCAGAAAUGGAGGGAUGGGAAAUACACCUUCUAACCUCUGAUCAUCCCCCAAAUGUGAUUCACUCCAUAGAUUUGAAACCCGAGCCCCUUACACUUUCUACACCCUCUUCUUCUCGAAGUUAGCUUCAGAACAUCAGCACGGGGCCAAUCAGUUUAGCCUCCAGAUGGCUUAUACCAGGUGACUUCUUCCCUUCCACUCUGCUGUGUUGCUUUUCGUCUCCCUCAGCCCAACCCCCACCCCCCUCCCACGCUACUGAGUGCACUUUAAUCAGGGAUAUAUGGUGUGAGUUUCUUAGACAAAGUGUGCGUUUGGCGGCCAACCAUGCAAUGUUAUGAAACAUUGGCUACAUUGGCCCCCGGAACAACCUCGGUGACGUCAAGGUGUACUCUCUUCCUCUGAGAGUACAUUUAACUCUAGUUGUUUAGUUUGGGAUUUGCACUUAGCAGGAAUGUCUGAAACAGAGCUCCGGCUGGAGCAAGGAGAAAGAAAGAUUCCCUCUGCUUCCACCAACUUAACCUCCCCCAUCCUUCUCCUCCUUUACACUCCUGGACGAGCACCCUGACCUCAGCCCCUCCCUCCCUAAGCCAUCCUCUCUUCCGUUGAGAGUACAUUUAGCUGAGACGGUGAGCUGGAGGGCUACUGAGGACCACCUGGAUGGUCUCAUUGCAUAAUGCAUACAGUAUAUACAUCCAAAAGGUUUCUCACUUUUCUGUUUGAGGAACCCUGAUGAUGAGGCCCUAAGCCUCGGGUCCUGCUACCUACAUCCACGGCUCAUGCCAGCCGUCAGCCUCUGCCAGGAAUCAGACUCCAUAAAGAAGGAACGAGGUUUGAUCAGGCUCUGGAGAUCAGAUGUAGAGACUGCUGUUUGGCUCUCUUUUUGACCUGUGUGGGCUUUCAGAAGCCAUUCUCUAUAUCUGGGCCCAUCUGCCCAUUCAGGCCUCUGGGUCUGUGUUAUAGCAUUCAGGCCAGGGGGACAGAAGAAGGGAGGAUUGAUCUGCUUGCCAUUUUUUUAUUUUUUUUGUGGCAGCGAUAAAGUCCAGCUUUUUUCUCAUUUUGUAUGAGAAUUAUAGAAGUUAGAUCAAUUGAUAUGUACAUAUAUUAAAACUGUAAAGAAAUCAUCUUUAGCAAAUUGUUUGACUUUAGAAAUAAUUUGUCAAAAUAUUUGAUUGGUAUUGAUGCAGAGGUUUAUAUUAUAUAUGAGGACAAAGUACUUUUAAAAUGAAGAGACAAAGAUGACGUAAUUUGUUUUUUCUUUUGUAAAUUACCUUCCCAAUUGUUACAUUAGCCUAUAUCGGCAGGAUUCAGUUGAACAGUGAAUUGAGUUUGGUUCCUUUUCAUUUUCAAUUUUCUCCCUUCAAGAUCUUGACCUAUUUUUCUUUGUUCUUGAAUGCAUCUUUUAGGCUUUUGAUCAAUGAUUUAUUCCACUGCUGCCUAAUAUUGUGUUCUACUGGUGCAGUUGGAAACAUGUACGAUUUGUGCAAUAAACAGAAGACCGUG